AUGGCUCUCAAAAAAUGGUCACAUGAACCAAUUACAGAAGCUUUUUCUUCUCUAUUUUUUCCAUCUCUUCUUUUCCUUACAAGUCUGUUGAUUGUGUUUAAGUUUGCAAUUAGAAAAACCAAAACCAAUCUAAAUCAGCUUCCAUCCCCACCAAAACUACCGUUCAUUGGUAAUCUCCAUCAGCUAGGAACACUUCCACACCGUUCACUUCGAGACCUGUCACUAAAAUAUGGCAACAUGAUGUUGUUGCAAUUAGGACAAAAACAAACUCCAACUCUUGUGAUUUCAUCAGGAGAAGUAGCCAUGGAAAUCAUGAAAAAUCAUGAUAUAGUUUUUUCAAACCGACCACAAAAUAUAGCUACAAAAAUCUUGUUGUAUGGUUGUACGGAAGUUGGUUUUGGAAAUUAUGGAGAAAAUUGGAGACAGAAGAGAAAAAUAUGUGUCUUUGAACUUUUGAGUGUCAAAAGUGUAAAAUCAUUUCAGUUUAUUAGAGAAGAAGAAGUUGAUGAAAUGGUGAGUAAGCUACGUGAAGCUAGCUCGAAUAAUGCAUGUGUGAAUCUAAGUGAGAUGUUUGUUUCAACAACCAACAAUAUUGUUUGUAAAAGUGCUCUUGGAAGGAAGUGUGAAGGAGAAGUGAAAGAGUUAGCAAGAAAGGUUAUGAUUUAUAUUACAACUUUUGUUGUUGGAGAUUAUUUCCCUUCUUUGGGUUGGAUUGAUCUUCUUAGUGGAAAAAUUAGAGAAUUUAAGAAAACUUUCCGAGCACUUGAUAUUUUGUUUGAUAAAGUGAUUGAAGAGCGUUUGGCUUUGAAGAAGAUAGAAAAUGAUCAAUACAAGAAGAAAGGGUUUGUUGAUAUUCUUCUUCAAUUACAAGAGGAUGGCGUACUUGGCUUUGAACUCACCAAUAAUGAUAUUAAAGGAAUAUUAAUGGUACUUUUCUCUCUUUAA